AUGACGCCUGCAAGGCCGGGGACUACAGCCCGCAGCGCCUGCCGACGGCGUUCAGGAGGUCAGGGUGUCGGUGUACAAGCUGCGCGUCUCCGGCAGACCCCUGCUGGACGCCAUCGCCGGGGGCAUCGCCGGGGUCUACCACACGGCGUGGUGGUCCUGGGUCAGGAGUUUGCCUUCGGGGGCCACGACGAACCUGGGCGGACGGGCGUCUUCAGGACCAUGCCUGAGCUGAACCCCCAAUUUAGCUUCUACCAGCGCUUAAUCAUGGGCCACGUGGAGGUGAAGGACCCCGAGGAGUUGAAGCGAAAGGUAAAGUCGUUGCUGUGCUCCACGGAAUGGUGCGGGCCGUGCUACGAUGUGUUUGAGCACAACUGCAACCACUUCACCAGCGACCUCUGCUGGGCACUGCUCGGCAAGCGGCCGCCUGACUGGAUCAACGCGACCGCGGUCGGGCUGUCGAGGUCGUCGCGCUCCCUGCGGGUGCUGCGGCAGCUGCUGGAGAAGGAGCUGCAGCAGUACGUGCGGGAGCAGACCGGGGCUCCACCUGCGCAGGGCCGCGAGCCCGAGCUGCAGGCCCCCGGCGGGCUGGCCUUCUCGGAGGAGUUCCGCCUGGCCUUCCAGGCGGCCUGGCGGGAGAGGCUGGGCCGCGAGCUCGCCGCGGCCGCGAGGUGCGCCGACGGCCAGGACCCCGAUCGGCUGAAGCAGCAGGCGGAGCGCAGGGCCCUCCUCGCCGCCGCCGCGGCCGCCCGCGAGUCCGCCGCGGCCACGGCGCGCGCGGCGCGCAGGGCGGAGGCGGCGCGCGCGGAGCAGCCCGAGGCAGCUCUGGCGGCUUGGGACGCGGCCUGGAGGAGGCUCAGCUCGCCCAUCGUGCUGUCGUGGCGGGCGGCCGCCCUGCGGGGAGACCUCAGACCCGAGGGGGAGCGGGAGCGCGACGCGCAGGUGGCGGCCCUUCUGGAGACCGCCGCGGCGAGAACGAGGCCGAGGCCGAGGAGGCGGGCACUGUGGCCGACCCUGCGCCUGAAGUAG